AUGGCUCAGACACAGAACCUCCCGCCCGUAUAUGGCGGCCACCCCGGUUAUCCCGCACCCCCUCAUCCUCAGUACGAUCACAAUCGACAAGUGCAGCUGCAAGCAAACGGCCAGACGAUGCAGGCAGCGCCCGUGUCCCAAACUGCUAAGACAUUAUCAAUCGUCAGGGACGGCUUGAGAUUCUCCUUGGUCGUCGUGCAGCAGCCCGUCCGAGCGCGCAUGUGUGGCUUUGGUGACAAGACACACAAGGAGGUCCCCGCUGAUCAACUAGACGCCAGCUUCUUUAUCCUCCAGGUUGAUCUGUGGGACGAGCACGGUCAAAUCGAGAAGAACAUUGUCAAAGCAGCCACCAACUCGCCCGCUACAUCCAUCUCGACAGCCACAACCACUUCAUACCCUCCGCCGCCAGAACGCCCGGCUGUCUAUGCUCCUCAAGUACCUUACGCAGAUCCUCGUACCGGUCAAUUCGCCGGUUACGGCCCCGCGCCCACUUACCCUCCCGGACCUUGGGGUUACCCACAAGCACAUAUGCCGCAGAUGUACAUGCCAGGUGCCCCUCCUCCUGCUGGCCACUACGCCCAACCUUCCAUGCCUCCCGGCUAUGGACAGUACCCCGGUGCUCAGCCGCAAAUGUAUCCUCCAGCCCAAUAUCAACCUCCCAUGCCGCAGCAACAGCCAAGCAGCGGUAUGUUCACCCGCAACCUUAUCGGUAGCCUGACUGUGAACGCCAACCACUUGCGCGAUCCCUCAGGAAAAGAAGGUUACUGGUUCGUCUUGCAGGAUCUCUCCGUCCGUACCGAGGCCGUUUUCCGUCUCAAGAUGAGCUUCUUUGACGUUGGUGCUGGAAGCAGUGAUGGUGGUUCGAAACUGUCCACCGGCAAACGCCCUGUUCUGGCAACCGUCUUCUCUGAUCCGUUCCAAGUCUUCUCGGCCAAGAAAUUCCCUGGUGUAAUUGAGAGCACUGAGCUCAGCAAAUGCUUUGCAGGUCAGGGCAUCAAGAUCCCCAUCAGAAAGGAUGGUGGCAAGCACGAGGGCAAGGAUGAAGACGACGAGUAG